CCUUUAAAUACAUAUCCGCCUCUGAGUUAAAGAAUAUUUGCAAGAAAUGAAUAAUCUAAACACAAUUUGUUUAAUUUACUUAAAAGACUAACUCGAUUCAUCUUUGAAACAAAAAGCACUAGUAUAUAUAUUGUAAAAUCUAUUUUGCUCGGUCAAGGUUGGAAGAAGUCAAACUCUAGGUGCCAAAAUUAGCGAGUAGAAUGAUUGAGAGCAUAUUAUAUAUAAGAUGCAAGUGGUGGAUCGUGGAUCGUAUAUAUAUAUAGGUUUGCUUAUAAAACACAAAGAGGUCAAAAUUCAAAUUAUGAUUUCAGGAAAGAAAAAAGAAAAAGGACAAAAAGAGAAAGAGGAUGGAGAAACAAUUAUAUCCAAACAUGGAAGCUGCUCACGUCGAACGAGGCAUCGGAACACUAGACUCGUCGCCGGAAAAGGAGAAGGAAAAAUCCCAUAAGCAUAGAGGACUAUUUCACCUCCACCAUCACUCAAAAGAUGAGAAAGAUGAAGACAAAAAGAAAGAAGGAUCAAAGAGAGAGAAGAUAGCUGCAGCAAUGGUUGGUCUUGGAGCGACACUCAAGAAAGUUAAGCAUCCGCGCCACCAUGGAAGCGGUGGAAAAGAGGAACAAGAAGGAGCAGCAGAGGAAGAAGAAGUAGAAGAAGAAGAAGAGGAGGAGGAGGAAGAUGAUGGUGGAGAUGAAGAAGAGGGAGGCAAGUUUAGUGCUUUCAUUUCGAUAAUCGCCAAAGCAUUUGAAGAAUAGAAAUUGUACAUUAAUUUGUUAUUACUUUGUUGUAUUUUGUUUAUCCUAACUUGUUAUCAAAUUUAGUAUUUGUAACGUUUCCCUCUUAGCAAACGUUAAAAUGAGAUUUUUAAUUAAAUGAUUUAUAAAAUGGUAUAUAGUUUUAUA